AUGACAGUUAUCUCUUUAACUCAAUCCCAUAAAGUGUUCUUGAAUUACCGGGGAGAGCAAUUGCGCUAUAGCUUCGUAAGCCACCUCAUUGAUGCCUUUGAAAGGACCAAGAUCAACUUCUUCGUAGACAAAUACGAGCAGAGAGGCAAAGACCUUAAAAAUCUCUUUGUAAGGAUCGAAGAAUCGAGGAUCGCGUUGGCCAUCUUCUCUACUAGGUACGCGGAGUCGAGCUGGUGUAUGGAUGAGUUAGUGACGAUGAAGAAACUUGCAGAUGAAGAAAAACUCCAAGUCAUUCCAAUCUUCUACAAUGUGAAGGCAAGAGAAGUUAAAAAUCAGACAGGUGAGUUUGGUGACAACUUCUGGACUCUCGCGAAGUGUUCUAGUGGAGAUCAGAUCAAGAAAUGGAAAGAAGCUCUCGAAUGUGUCUCUGACAAAAUGGGUUUGUCAUUGAGAGCCGAAAGUUCAGAAGCAGAUUUCAUCAAAGAAAUUAUUAGGGAAGUUAUGAAAGUUAUAGCGUCAAUUAGAUGCAAGAAAGGUGAAGAAGAUUGUGAUGUCAAUAUUUUUGGGAAUAAGAUAAAGGUUUCAAAUUGCAAAUGCUCAUAUCAACUUCCCGUCUUUAAAAGGAGCAAAAUCAAAAAAGUUGUGAAUUAUUAG